AGGUCAAGGUUUUAACACCAUCACAAUAUAACAAUGUCAAUGCAUGCAUAAAAAGGUCAAGUUUAAUUGAAUGAGCAGUUUAUUUUCGACUUUAUCUACGUACUUACGUGUCUGCCGACUGAUACUGUUUAUUUGAAAGUGACCGACUAACACUAGUUGUAAACUUAAAUAGAAAGUCGCUUGGAAGAGAAUUUCCGAUCACGUUGAAUAGUUCGAUCGCAAUGCGUCAAUUCAAUUCGGGGCUUUAUUUGGCCAGCGUGCUGGUUGUUAUCCUGUGUUGCAACGUGUCGCCUAGUUCACAGUGCGGAAAGGGACGCGGGAUAUCGUUGCCGCGAAAUCGCAAGUAUAAGGAGAAUUGUUGCUUCUUCAAAUUUCGGGGCAUUGGUAAGGCUUGCAAGAAGAGCUGCGUUGGAUAUGUCUGCUAUGACGACUGGGAUUGUUCAUAUAGAGAAUAUUGUACGUUAAGCAAGCGCUGUGCUCCCAAAGUACGUCCAAAGCUGCGUUUGAAAACGACUGUCGCCAUUACCCCGAGACCGUUUACCACCCUACCUGUCAAAGAGUGUUUCCGAGAUUCCGACUGCUCUACAACGGGAUACUGCUGUAUUCUUAGUUAUUCUGGCCCGGUAGAAAGGGUAUGCCAGUCAAGUUGUGUCGGGUAUCUUUGCUCUCCCGAAAACGCCGACUGUGGCAGUAAUGAAGAAUGCGUAGAUCAUAAAUGCAAACUAGUCAACCGACCAAACACCCCUACUACUGUGUUUCCCACCACAACCUCCAAGGCGCGUAUUUGUGAUGAAUAUUCGCAUUGUGUGGCUAGUGGAGGUUUUUGUUGUAUCGUCGACUGGACUCGUGAAAUUCAAAAGGAAUGCAAGUCAUCUUGUGUUGGAAACCAUUGCUAUGAAGACAGCGACUGUGGUUUAAAUGAACACUGCAGAAACCUCCGAUGUGAACCAGGUCAUAGCCCAACAGUCCGGACAUUUCCCCCAACUCGUGACAUGAGUAAAUGUUCUGAAGACUCAGGUUGUGUCAAAGGAAAAUACUGUUGUAUCGUUGACUGGUCUCGUGCGAUUCAAAAGGAAUGCAAGUCAUCUUGUGUUGGAGAUCUUUGCUAUGAAGACAGCAAUUGUGGUUUGAAUGAGAACUGCAUUUCAAGUCGUUGUGUACUUGCUUCGACAGCGCCAAUGACGACGCUUAAAAUAAAUACUUGUGCACAGGAUUCGCACUGUGCUCGUGGAAAAUACUGUUGUAUCGUCGACUGGACACGUGAAAUUCAGAAGGAAUGCAAGUCAUCUUGUGUUGGAAACCAUUGCUAUGAAGACAGCGACUGUGCCUUAAAUGAAACCUGCAAUUACGACCUAAAGUGUGAACUAGAAAGUCGACCAAGUGUCGGGACAGUUAGUCCAAAUCCCUGUUCUCGAGACUCAGAUUGCACUAAAGGAAAUUUCUGUUGUAUCGUGGAUUGGAGAGGCCUCAUGGAGAAGAAAUGCAAGGCGAGCUGUGUGGGAGACCUUUGUUAUGAGGACAGCGAUUGUGGGAUGAAAGAAUUUUGUACUUCGCACAGUCAUUGCAAUGCAAUAUGAUUAACUAUCGUACUGAACAAGAA